UGCUUUUAGGCCUCCCUACCCAUAUAUCCACAAAGACAAUGCUGGGCAAAUAAACUGUUUGUAAAUACACCAGGAAUAAGGGUACAACUGUUGUAGGACCAAUAGCAAAGACUAUUGCUUCUCCCUAAGGCAUGCAACCAGCAAAAGGUGAUUGUGCUUUCUUUGGCACUUUUUUUUGCCAGGGCAGAGUUGUGUGGGUAUUUUUAUUAACAACAUUUUUGGACGGUGUGACUCUGACAGGACCCAGAACAAUGUUUACAGAGUUUGCCUUGAACUGAUUUGCUCUGGAAGCCAGAAGGGGAAGCAGCAAAAAGAGGAGAAAUGAUGGGUCCAUUUCUCUGCCUGUGGAUUGCAACUUUCUUUGCGGUGAGCCAGGGCUGCCCGGAGCCCUGCACUUGUGUAGAAAAAAAAUAUGGCCGCCAGCUAGCAGAAUGUGCUUACAGAGGUCUCCAGGCGGUUCCCACAGGGCUGCCCUCCAAUGUGACCACCCUCACCCUGUCUGCCAACAAGAUCACCUCCCUACAGCAGAGCUCCUUUCUGGAUGUCACCCAGGUACAGUCACUGUGGCUGGCGCACAAUGAAAUCUGUGCCAUUGAGGAAGGCACCUUUGCCAGGCUGCUGCAUUUGAAAAACAUAGACCUCAGCCAUAACCAGCUUGUGGACUUCCCCUGGGGGGAUCUAUACAACCUCAGUGCCCUGCAGCUGCUGAAGAUGAACAACAACCAGCUUGUGAAGCUACCCUGGGAGGCCUUCCACACCCUUAAAAACCUGAGGUCCCUGUGGAUCAAUGACAACAAGUUCACCACCAUCGCCCAGGGCACUUUUGAUGCCAUGAGUUCACUGUCCCAGUUGCAGAUCUACAACAACCCAUUGAACUGCACCUGCAGGCUCCUGUGGCUGAAGACCUGGGCUGAGAACACCCUGAUCUCCAUCCCCAAGAGGGACUCCAUCAGCUGUGCAGCCCCGGAAAGCCUCAGAGGCAUCCCACUGGGGAAGAUCCCUAAACUUCAAUGUACACCUCCCUCUGUGCAGCUGACGUACCACCCCAACCUGGCCAACACCAUGCUAUAUGAUGGGGUCAUGCUCAUGCUGCACUGCAGUGUCACAGGCAGCCCCCAGCCAGAGAUUAGGUGGGAGAUCCAGACCUCCAGCCAAGGAACAGAGAUAAAUGGGCCCAAUGUGGAAAGAGAUGGGAAUGACCCAUCUGCUGGGGGCUCCAAGCAGAAUGCAGAGAGCUUUCUGCUCUUCAAGAAUGGCACCCUGGUCAUCCCCAACUUCAGCAACCAAGAGGAAGGAACCUACACCUGCCUGGCCACCAACGAGGUUGGUACUCGCGAGGUCUCAGUCAACGUGGCAUUGGCCAAUUCAGAGAACACAGUGGAAGAUCUGCUCAGAAACAAUCUUGCAACAAGUAAGCUUGGAGCCAAACACUGCAACAAGGAAGCCCAAGCCAAUUCCUCCAAGGCUGGAGAAAAGCUUGUGAUCAUUUACCGUGUUCCUGCAGGGAUGGGGAGCAAUGAUGGAGGCACUCUUCUGGAGUCACAUCUCUGGGCUUGCAUGCUCUGUUUAGUCAUUUUCCUUUAGUGUUAAGGGAAAUGCCAAAGGGUUUCUUUGUAUUUCUGUAUCAUUUAUAUUGACAUAGUGUUACGCAUGCACUGAGCUGCUGGGAGCUGUCUGAGGCACUAAUCAAAGCUGGGGCUGAAAUGCAGAAGCCAGAUGUGACUUUCAAACCUUCCUUCACCCCCUAGUUUGGUGGCAUUCAGGAACAGGUGCUUGGUUCAGCCAAUUGUAUUAAACAAGCCAGCUGGGAAACCUGAUCCAGGAUCCCAACCGCACCUGCAAGUCUAAAGUGUUCAGAUCUGCAGGCAGGGGUUGAUUUCAACUCAUCUUUGGAAUGAUUGUGCUAUUUCAGGAUUAAUGGCAACACUGGUGCAAUAACCCCUAUCUGGCAUGACCCAGCUUUAAACUAUUUUUUAUUAGUUGUACAGUGUGCAAUGAUGGAUGAACCCUGGAACAGAUCCAGAGGUUUGGUUCAGGUAGAAGCCAAUAACAUCCUUUCAUCUACCUUCAUUAGGGGACCUAAGUUCACCUCUGAAUGGUAAUACCAGAUGGCUGAACAGCUGGCACCUUCAUCAACCAAUCAGGUGCUUCCUUUCAAAUUAUUACUCGGUCAGUUUGUAAGCUCCUAGAUGAUAAUAUGAUUGUAAGGAAUAGCCAGCAUGGUUUUGCCAAGAACAAAUCAUGCCAAACCAACCUAAUUUCAUUCUUUGAGAGGGUUACUGGCCUAGUGGAUGCAUGGGGGAGCAGUAGACAUGAUCUAUCUUGAUUUUAGUUAGGCUUUUGACACCAUCUCACAUGACAUUCUCAUAGGCAAAUGUGGUCUAGAUAAAAUUACUAUAUGGUGGGUGCACAAUUGGUUGAAAGAUCAUUCUCAAAGAAGUUAUCAAUGGUUCACUGUCAAACUGGGCAGGCAUGUUUACUGGUGCCCUGCAGUGGUCGGUCUUGCAGAGGUCAGUCCUGGAUUCACUACUAUUCAAUAUUUUCGUUAGUGACAGGUAAUGAGAGUGAAGAGGAUGCUUAUAAAAUUUGCAGAUGAAACAAAGCUCAGAGAUGUUGCAAGCACUUGGGACGGCAGGAUUAGAAUUCAAGACUACCUUGAAAAAUUAAGAGAACUGUCCUGAAAUCUACAAGAUGAAAUUCAAUAAAAACAAAGUGCAAAAUACUUCACUUAGGAAGGAAAAAUCAAAUGCACAGCUACAACAUGGGGAAUAACUAGCUAGACAGUCAUUGCUGAAAAGGGUCUGGAAGUUAUACUGGAUCACAAAUUGAAUACGAGUCAGUGUGAUGCAGUUGUGAAAAGUCUAACAUCCUUCUGAGGUGAACAAACAUGAGUGUCAUGUGGAAGGCACUCAGCACCGGGCAGGCCUCAGUUGGAGCACUGUGUUCUGUUCUGGCAUCACACUUUAAGGAAGAUUUGGCAAACUGGAGAGAGUCUAGAGCAGAGCAACUAAAAUGAUCGCAGGUUUAGCAAACCUGCCCUAUGCAGAAAGGUAAAAAACCUGGGCAUGAGAAAAGAAGAUAGAGGGAGGUGUGGACUGAUAAUAGUUUUCAUGGAAUCAUAGAAGAUUAGGGUUGGAAGAGACCUCAGGAGGUCAUCUAGUCCAAUCUCCUGCUCAAAGCAAGACGUUUCAAAUAGGUUAAAAGCUGUUAUAAAGAGGACAAUGAUCAAUUAUUCUUCAUGUCCUCAGAAGGUAGGAUAGUAAAAAAAACUAAACAGAAUUAUAGAUUAUUAGGGUUGGAAGGGACCUCAGGAGAUUGUCUAGUCCAGCCCUCUGC